AUGGCUUUAUCAAGCUUCUCACUAGUUGCACCAUCAGUCUUCAAUGGAGAGGGCUUUCACAUAUGGGUGGUCAAAAUGAAGACCUACCUGCAGGCAUUUGAUCUAUGGGAGGUGGUCAACUCAGAUGUCGAGCUAGAGCCACUUAAAGCCAAUCCAACAGUGGCUCAGAUUAGGCAGCAUGCUGAUGAAAGGACCAAGAGGGGAGUUUCAAGGGACAAAUUAAAAGAGAAGACAAGGCAACAACAGUUGUUAAACUUGAGAAGGGAUUUCGAGAAUUUGAAAAUGAAGGAAGAAGAAACUGUCAAUCAGUACUCAGACAUAAUUAUGGUUGUGGUAAAUAGCAUAAGGCUCCUUGGUGAGCAGUUUAGUGAAGCAAGGAUAGUGGAGAAGAGUAAAGAAGAGCUAGCAGACUGGAGGAGCACUAAGAAGGUGCCUUUCGAGCAAAAACUAAACCUACCUCGAGCACUUCUGCCUAUAAAGGCAAAAAGACUUGGAGAGCCAAGUCUAAGUCAGAUACUCCAAGAAGAAGGGAUCAACCCUGCAGACAUUGCAAAAGACCUGUGCAAACACUGCAAAAAAAUGGGCCAUGUUGAAAAAGUUUGUAGAAGUAAAAGCAAACCAAGGCAGUACCAACCACAACAGCCAAAGGCUGAAGCUCGAGUAGCAGAAGAGGGCAGUGAUCAAGAAGAACAAGUUUUUACUGUUUCAUACACAUCCAGUAAAGAAAAAGCAGCAAAAGGUUGGCUCAUAGAUAGUGGCUGCAUCAACCAUAUGUCACCUGAUGCUACCAUCUUCAAAACAAUUGAUAGAAGCUUCAACACUAAGCUAUUGGAGAAAGGCUAUUCUGUUGUGUUCAAAGGCAAGGAAUGCCAAAUUGAUGAACUAAAAGGAUCCAAGCUCAUGUCAGUCACCAUGGCUCAUAAAAGCUUUGUUGUUGACUGGACAAAUGGCUCAGACACUGCCUAUACACCCACAUCAGAUGAAUCCAUGCUUUGGCACCAAAGGCUUGAUCUUGUUAACUACAAAUCGAUGGACCAGCUAACCAGAGAAAAUUUGGCUGAAAAUUUCAUUGGUUCAGUUGAAAAGUAA